GGAAUUGAAACGGUCGGUAACGUCAUAUCUUUUGGAGACCACGUGAUUGUAACGAAAAUUUAUCCAUUGGCAAUUGGCGGUGUUUAUGUUGCGCAAAUGCUAAUAAUACACUCGCCGAACGCAAACACAAUCAUGUAAUUUAUUUUGUGCGUAAAAAAGUAUAGAAUUGUAGGACAACUAAAAAGUAGAAAAUCACAUGGAAGGAAAAUCUAAGAGAUUAUUUCCCUUUGAAGAAAACUGUGUGACAAGCAAUGAAAUAAAGAAGAUUAAAGUGCAUAGCAAUCAAAUGUCAAAUAUUUGGGAAAACGUAUCAGUACAUAAUUUUGUUAAACAUUCUUCAGUUAAAGUAUCCUCAGAGAGAGAUAAGAAACUAGAUAUGGAACAUAUUUCGCUUGUUGAAAAAAUGAUUCCGACAAAUAUUGCAUCUUACGUAGGACAAAAACAAAUUAUUGGUCCAGGCACUGUAUUGGGCUACUUACUGGAAAAAGGAGAGAUACCUAGUAUGAUAUUUUGGGGUCCACCUGGUUGUGGAAAGACAUCCUUAACUAAUAUAAUAGCACGUUUGAGCAGAGAAACAACAGGUGAUAAUGUGCACAUUGUAAACUUAUCUGCAAGUAGUUGUGGUGUAAAAAGUAUAAGAGAUGCUGUUACUGCAGCAAAGGAUAAAUUCAAAUGUGGAUUCAAAACCAUUGUCGUUAUGGAUGAAAUUCAUCGUUUCAACAAGCUUCAGCAAGAUAUAUUUUUGCCGCAUGUAGAGGCAGGAACAUUUACUUUAAUCGGAUGUACUACUGAAAAUCCAUCUUAUAGUUUGAAUCCAGCUUUGUUAAGCCGAUGUCGUGUGUUUGUAUUAAAAAAAUUAACAGAGUGCGACAUAACACAGAUUCUUCAUAAAGCAAUAGAAUAUAUGAAUGGAAACAUACUCGAUGUACAAAAAAGAACUGAAAUGAAUAGAGAGCAGUUACAUUCUAAUUCAAAUUUUACAUUUUGUAUUGACAAUAAUACAAUACAGUGGUUAGCAGAAGCAUGCGAUGGUGAUGCACGUGUAACUCUGAAUACUCUAGAAUCAGCAAUUCUUGCAAAAAGAAGAAAUAGAUUAAAAACAUUAUCUAAUAAUGAUAUUAUUUUGAAAGAUAUUAAAGAUAAUUUAAUACAAGCACAUAUGCUCUCUGACAAAGAAACCAAUCAAAGCCAUCACAUGUAUUCCGCUCUUCAUAAAUCAAUAAGAGCUGGUAAAGCAAAUGCUUCCUUGUAUUGGAUGGCUAGAAUUAUGGCAGCUAAGGAAGAUCCAGUAAACAUUGCAAGACGGCUGGUUAGGAUAUCUAGUGAGGAUAUUGGUUUAGCAGAUCCAGAUGCUUUAGGUGUAGCUGUUGAUACAAUGUAUGGUUGUCAAAUGAUUGGUAUGCCAGAAUGCGAUGUACUUUUGGGCCAAUGUGCAGUUUAUUUAGCAAGAGCACCAAAGUCUCGAACAAUAUACAAUGCAUUAAAAGCAGUUGAGAAAAUUAUUUUGGAGCACAGAGACUCUCAGCCUGCUGUGCCGUUACACAUGAGGAAUAUUGGUUGUUUACCUACAGAAUUACAGCACAUCGAUCUUUUUCAAGAAAAACGGAGCAUUCAUCCAUGGGAAACUGUAGCGCAGGCAGCAUGGAGAAAGUAUCCGAAUCCUAUGGUGCCUUCUGUCAUCGGGGCGGAUGUCAUCGACAGGAAGGUGGUAGACGGUGUCCUUCACACCCACAGACUCGUGGUAUCCACGCAAUGGGGCUUUCCUAAGUGGACACAAGCGUUAAUUGGCUACGCGAACUUGUGUUACGCCAGCGAACGCAGCGAGGUCGAUCCUGUGAAUAGACAAAUGAUCCUCAGGACGCAUAAUUUAACUUUCGGCAAUUAUAUCGCUGUGGAUGAAGCUGUUAGGUACACACCCCAUCCGACUGACCCCAACAAGACGUUGCUCACGCAAGAAGCGGUAGUCACCGUCCGAGGGGUACCACUAACCAACUACAUGGAAGAUCUUUUAGCAUCGAAAAUUUCUUUCAAUGCGAGCAAAGGUCGACAAGGGUUGGAAUGGGUGAUCAACAAACUCGAAUCCGAGAUGAAGGAGUUCGCCUGAAAGGCCCGGCCGCCGUCGCGAAACUUCUGAACUGCCGCUAUCAGCACAACAUGAGCGCCGGCGUCGGUGGGGAGCGGCAACUUCUAGAUCGAACGAUUACGCGGAUCAGAAGAACAUUAACGUCCCGGGUUUCGUCAGAAACGAGCAGAUGAUUCGCCGCGGGCACCACGUAGAUCGCCUAAUUGAAUUUUGCGGAACUUGUUACUAACCGGUUGGGAACGAACGUUCCCUUUGAAGGGCGCAAUUGCCUCCGCACAACCGUACUCUUGGGUCCAGGCCUGCAAGGAUCUGUCGAACGAACACGGGGCGAGAUAACACUGACUGAUAUAGAGAAAUAUAUUUUAAAUGCGUUUAACUUUUAAACGAGGAGGUACAACGAUUGGUUUGGCAAUUGAAUCGUAACAAUCCUGAGAUUUCAAUCUGUAUUCAUAUAUACCUCUACGUCGACUGAUGAUGAGAGAGUCAGUCAUACCACAAAUCUACCGCCACUCUUAGCCAAUUCAACCACGACAAUUCAACGUUUCAUGGACGUUCUCGACCGUGUAAAAGGGAAUUAGGAAAAAGAAAUGCAUGUCGAUAUGUGUAUAUGUAAUUUAUAAUUUAAUUUAAUCGUAGCAAAAGUUUUAUAAUAAGUAUUAGACAUGAUUUUGCUUAUAUGCA